AUGAUGAUGGCGCAACCGUUUCCCGCCCAUCAAGGCAUCCCACAGCAUCCCAGUAUGCCGCCAGGUCAUCCAAUGGCGCCUGGUCAACAUCCCAAUGCUCAUCCUGGGGCCGGGAUGGUGCAGGCGGUGCACCCCGGUGUGUCGGCUCCCGGAGGACCUCAGGUCAGUCAAGGUGGACCCAUGAUGGCAGGCAUGCCCCCAGGUGCUGGAACAACGGGGCCUGGAGGACCAGUACAGGCUCAUGCUCUCUCUCACUUGGGCCCGGCUCAGGCACAUAUGUUUCAGCAGCCUCACUUUGCUCAACAAUUCGCCAACAAUCCACAACUGAUGCACCAGCAGCAGCAACAGAUGAUGAGACAGCGCCUUAUGCUCCAGCAGCAGCAACAGCAACAUCAGCAGCAGCAUGGGGGACUUCCAGUGUCGUUACCCAAUGGUAAUCCCGCCGGCUUGACUGCCGCUCAUGUCGCCGCCAUGCAAGCGAACCAAGGAAUGCGACCCGUCAAUAUGCAGAUGCAACUUCAGCAAAUGCCCCAUGGACAAGCGCAGAAUAUUCAACAACAACAGCAGCAGCAUUUGUUUGCUAUUCAGCAGGCCCAACAAGCGCAACAAGCGCAGCAGGCUCAGCAAGCUCAACAGGCCCAGCAGGCUCAGCAGGCGCAUCAAGCUCAGCAAGUCCAGCAAGUCCAGCAGGCGGGCCCCGCCGUUCAACCAGGACAGCAGACUCCCCAGCAAAGAGCGGCACCGCAACCGCAGAGCGUGCACGACGCACAAAGCGCAACGCCCCAGCCCCAGCCCGGCCCUCCACCGCAUCAGGGGAGCGCGACUCCGCAACCGAAUCCGUCGCAGAUCCCUACCACCCAGCCCCCGCAGCCUCCGCAGCAGCCCCCUGCUCCGCAGGCGCAGCCUACCCCAAAUCCGCCUCCGCAGCAACUGCCGCAGUCGCAGCAGCCCGGGCCGCAACAGCAGCCUCCGCAACCCCCGCAACCGCAACCGCAGCCACCACAAAACCAGCAGGGCCCUGCUCAAGGCCAACCGCAGCCUCCCAUGAUGCCUCAGGAGGCUCAGCUGAAGGCAGCGCAGCAGCAACAGCAGCAGAACUCAGCGGCGAUGAUAAUGCAACAGCGAAUGGCAAUGAAAGGGGCGGCAAUUCUUCACCUGAACAGCUUCGCAGAACACCUUAGCGGCUUCCAAAGCCGUGGUGAGGCACAUGAUCUUCUCUAUUGGCACAAUUUCGUGGGUCGGUUUUAUGCUCCUGGGGGUGUCUUGCGUCAAGGCGUCUACAACCACCAGACUGGUUCAAAACAGUUUGAGAUCGGGACUGUUGCAUUGCCUCGCUAUUACUACACUCAGUUCACGAGUGGUAUCCGCCAGAUUCAGAUGGUUGUGGAUGGUGCUCGGGAGCGGGACUCGCCAAAUGGAGGUCACAUUGUGGAGAGCCCCAAAACUUCCUUCAUUUACUGGUUCACCAACGAUACUCAGCUCUUUGCGAACGGAACGAUGACGGCACAUUUUGACAUCAACAACAAAAUCGAGAUGUUGGACAUUGUUAUGUUGAACCAUACGGAAUAUCUGCCUCGCAGCCAACUACAUGCCUUGGAGCAAGCAGCAGACCAGCAAAAGCAAAGCCCCAAGGUUACCAAGAACGCAGGCAAGCGUGCCCAGCAGAAGCAGCCGCCACCGCCCGCGGUCACGUUACCUGAGUCUAUGGUGACUUUGAAUGGUGUUCCAGGCGCCGUGAUGCAGUUCUUGGAGGUCUCGGAGACGAUUGCUUCUAUGCAAUUUUUGAUGCAAUUCUCCCAACAAAACCCCCAAAUGACACCGUGGGACUCGCUGCGCAACUUGGUGAAUAAUAUGCAGAACCAAGUUCCUAAUACUGGCUUUAUGCCCGUUCAGAUGAACCCGGCCAUGCAACAAGGCCAGCCUCGCGCUCCCAGCAUAAACGGCCCCAACCAAUUCGCUUCCCCCGCCAUGGCUCAUCUAGGCUUACCCCCUGCUCAAGGGUCACCCCAUCUAAGUGUUUCCGGACAUCCCAGUCCUGCACCAACCCACCUGGCGGGUCCUACUAUGCCGCAAGGUCAAGUUCAGAGCAAUGUUCAGCAAGGGACCAGUGCAAGUGCCAGUCCCAAUGUGGGAAGCAAGCGGCGCCGGGCUAGCACGGUGAAGAUGGAGAACGAUGAUACUGGUCCGGAUUUGAACGGGGCGCCCGGCCCCGUGCCGGCCAAGGUCAAGGCUAGUCCACGCGUGGGAGCGAAGAAGCAAAAAGGAGGCGCUUAA